AUGUUUGGUACGGGCGGUAAGAAUUCAGAUCAUAAUUGCCCUAAAUGUGACGGAGUAGACAACGAUGAAAUGGUCCAGUGUGACGCCUGCGACGCCUGGUAUCACUUUCAUUGCGUUGGAGUCGACAGCAAUGUGGCUGACAUAAGCUGGAGCUGCGAGAUUUGUAGGCACGGCGGGUCAACUGCGAACGCGCAACCGACAGCAUCGUCAUCGCCAACUACCAACCAAAGUAAACGGCAAGUGCAUUUUCCAACAUCGGUCUCGACAACAGCAGGGAAAGCAGAUUUCCCGCGCAAUCCGCAACAAAAUGUGGUUGCUGCAACCACAACGGUUGCGUCUUUAACAACCGCCACGAAUAUGCCAGUACCAAUUACGUUUCCGACUAUGCUACCUGCCACCGCCACAAACUCAUCGCUGUCAAAUUUAACAUCUGCAUGCUGGGAUUUCCAACCCACUGCACCACAUGCCUCAUUGCAGGGCCGCCAAUUUCCCACGAUGACAACCGGGCGUUAUUCAACGCUUCCGGCAACGGCAUCUUUAAAAGAAGUCGUAUCUAGUAACAUAGCAUACUCUUCAGCAGAUACCAUGUCUCGCGAACCGGAAAUAGUUGAAAGGCAAGGUGCACCAAAUGUACAUUUGGCACGGACGCCUCACAAUCAGGAGGUACACAGAAAGCUCCAGCUAGAACGUUUGGAGGAAGAGAUGAGGAUUCAGCAACAGUACUUGGAUAACAAGUACAAAAUUCUAUCUCAGUAUGACGAGUUACUUCCAACGAACAAUUCAUUUUUUACUGUGACCAACAGUCCUUCACCGUCACAAUUGGCCGCAAGACAAGCUAUCCCCAAGCAGCUCCCGACUUUUAACGGAGAUCCGGACGAGUGGCCGCUUUUCAUUAGCAGCUUUGAAAACAGCACAACUGUCGCCGGGUACACCGAAGCUGAGAAUUUGAUACGACUACAAGCGAGCCUUAAAGGUAAAGCGCGUGAGAUGGUAAAGAGUAAACUGUUUAUGCCAUCCAUGGUACCUGAAAUUAUCAAAACCCUCAAGAUGUGUUUCGGUCGACCGGAGUAUAUUCUGGAGCGGGCGGUGAAUCGAGCUCGUGGUCUUCCGCCGGUGAAAGACAAAUUAGAGGCUCUUAUUGAGUUUGCACUUUGUGUGCGAAAUAUUUGUACUACCAUGGAAGGAUGCCAAAUGUAUAUGCAUUUACAUAACCCAUUGUUGGUUAAGGAGCUGGUGGACAAGCUUCCAAACAAUCAAAAGCUAAGCUGGGCAGUUCACCCUAAAAACGAUGAAAUACCUGUAGUGAAGCAAUUUAGUGAGUGGUUGUACAGCUUAGCUGAAGCCGCAAGUACCGUAGUCAGCUUAGCGCCAACUAAUACGCGCAUGGUCAACACUCAUACCGUCGAUAUGACCCGAGAACGUAUGCAAGCAGAACAAAGAGCAGACCAAAACAAGCAGUGUAAAGUUUGCAAGAGCUACGAACACAAAGUAGCGCAAUGCGAAGUCUUUAAAAAUUUUUCACUACAACGCAAGUGGGAAGCAGUGAAGGCUAACAACCUUUGUCGCCAAUGCCUCAACCCACAUAGACGCAAAUGUUACUUAAACAGGAUCUGCGGUAAAGAUGGAUGUACAGUCAAACAUCAUCCUUUGCUCCAUAAAUCGGUAAUGAACCAAAGUAAACCAGUAAGUACUGCAAUUGAAUUCUCAGAUGCCACGGUAAACACCCACAGCAACGAAAGAAACCAACCUCUUUUCCGAAUCGUGCCAAUUUAUAUUCAUUCCAAAAUCAAAACAAUAAAAAUAUUUGCAUUUUUAGACGAGGGCUCAUCCGUCACGUUAAUGGAAAGAAAGAUAUUUGAUGAACUCGACUUGGUUGGUGAACAAGACCCUUUAUGUCUGCGAUGGACAGGAAACACUACGCGCGUUGAGAAGAACUCUGUAAGGGCUGCUAUUGAAAUUUCAAGUAUGACAAAUAAGCGAAGGUAUAUUUUGAAUAACAUUCACACCGUCGACGACCUCGAUCUACCGGCACAAUCGAUCGACGCGUUUGAGUUGCAGAAAAUGUAUCCACAUGUAGCAGGUCUACCGAUCGCCUCAUAUGAGAACGUUAAACCAUCGAUGUUAAUCGGCGUUGAUAACUGGAAGCUCGCGGUUCCUCUCAAAAUAAGAGAAGGAACUUGGUCACAACCCAUAGCUUCGAAAACUCGCUUGGGGUGGGCGCUGCAGGGAUGCGACGUUGGUUGUACGGAAGAAUGCCUGCUUAAUGUCCACACCUGCGAUUGCCGAAAAGGUUACGCUGAACUGCUGGAAAUGGUAAAAGAUUUCUUUAAGAUAGAAUCUCCUAAACCAACACAAGUAAUGUCGAAAGAGGACGCAAAAGCCGUAAGUAUUAUGAACGACACGUACCAAAAGAUUGGCAACCGUUAUGAAAUUGGGCUAAUGUGGCGCGAUCUUAAUGUCUCGCUACCAGACAGCUAUUCUUACGCUCAUCAACGACUGAAAUGUUUGCGAAAAAAGUUCAUUAAAGAUCCUAAUCUAAAAUAUACCAUACAAUCACAGAUCGAUAAUUUACUGGCUAAAGGAUACGCCAAGAAGCUCACGGAAGAGGAGGUUGCAGCACGUGGUGGAAAAAUAUGGUAUUUGCCAAUUUUUAUUGUAAGCAAUCCGAACAAGCCUAGUAAAGUUCGAAUGGUGUGGGACGCGGCUGCGAAGGUGAAUGGAGUUUCGCUUAACGAUUUUCUACUAAGCGGCCCAGACUCGCUCAAUUCACUAGUUGAAAUUUUGUUGUCAUUUAGAGUCGGCAGAGUAGCGAUAUGCGGCGAUAUUGCAGAGAUGUUCCACCGCAUUAACAUCCGGGAGAGUGACAUGCACGUCCAGAGAUUUUUAUGGUAUGAUGAAGGCGAUGAGCAACAGAUACCCAGUGUUUAUGUUAUGCGAGCAUUGACAUUUGGACUUAAUUGCGCGCCAUGUAUCGCACAUUUUAUUCGUGAUAAGAACGCGGAUAGUUACACUGACAAAUUUCCCCGUGCUGUGGAAGCUGUUAAGAAAUACCACUACGUAGACGACUAUAUCGACAGCGAAGAUGAUUCAGAGUCCACUUUGACUCUGGCUCGACAAGUUCAGAAAAUUCACAGCAACGCUGGGUUCAACAUUCGUGGUUGGUCAUCGAAUUCACGAGCCGUUGUAGAGCAACUCGAAGAAAAUGGUUCUUUGGUUCAAACUGGUAAGGAAUGGGGCUCAACGACGAAGGUUCUUGGAAUGUUUUGGGAUCCCAAAUGUGACAGCUUUAAAUAUAUUUGCCGAUUUGCAAGACUCCGUCGCGACGUGAUUAAUCAACCGUUUAUCCCUACGAAGAGGGAGCUUCUUCAAGUCUUGAUGUCUAUCUUCGAUCCAUUGGGAUUUGUAAGUUGCUAUACCAUUGGCUUAAAGAUUAUGUUACAGGACGUGUGGCGCGCGGGCAUCGGCUGGGAUGAGCCGCUCACUGACAAUCUGCAUGACAAAUGGUGCCAAUGGAAAGAUGUUAUGCCAUUUAUAACAGCAGUUGAAAUUCCCCGGUGCUAUUCCUUGCUGCUGAAAGAUGCUGACGAAGUCCAACUUCAUACCUUCGUGGAUGCUGGAGCGAGCGCUUACGCAGCCGUCUGCUACUUACGAGCGAAAAGGGGCAACGACGUUACAGUAGCUCUCGUGGCCGCGAAAUCAAAAGUUGCGCCACUGAAACCGCUAUCGAUCCCCAGGUUGGAGCUGCAGGCUGCAGUGAUUGGGGUCCGACUAGCUAACAUGGUGAGCAACGUACAUCGCAUUGGUAUAACAUCUAGAGUUUGGUGGUCAGAUUCGAAAACGGUCUUGCGAUGGAUUCGAAUGGACCCAAAAAAUUUUCACCAAUACGUCAUGCAUCGAGUCGGAGAAAUUCUAGAGACAUCGAAUGCGGAGCAAUGGCAAUGGGUGCCCUCAAAAUCGAAUCCUGCUGAUUUUGGUACAAAAAUUCACUCGAAAUGCAACCGUCAGCAGUGGUUCAGUGGUCCAGAGUUCUUGAUGUCAAACCCGAAGGAAUGGCCGAAAUAUAACGAAAUCAAUCAAGAUGACAUCGAUUUGACAGAGGUUAAGCAUUACGUUUUGCACGCUGCGAAAACUCGCGUGCGAUAUCCGAUCUUGAACGUAGAGUACUUUUCUGAUUGGAAACGCCUUUACCGAGCUGUAGCUACGUUUUUACUAUAUAUUGACAGACUGCACGCACUUGCAACAGGUAAAAAACCAAAAACUACCAUCAGUUUCGAUCAGAUUCAACAGGCUCAGCGCUUUCUGAUCAGGUAUGCACAGGACUCUGAAUUUAGUAGUGAAAGAAACUUGCUGAAACACGGUAAGCCUAUCGAAAAGUCCAGCAAAUUAAUUUCAGUCAAUGUUUAUUUAGACGCAGAUGACAUAAUCAGGAGCAAAGGCCGCGCUGAGCAUUUAAACAAUCACGAAGACAUCAUAGUAUUGCCGAAUAGCAACUACAUUACUUUUCUAAUAGUGCGCUGGGCUCACGAACGUUUUCAUCAUCAGAUGCACGAGUCUAUAAUAAAUCAAUUGCGUGGGCGAUAUCAUAUAAGUCGGCUAAGG